CCCGCGCGUCAUUUCGUACCUUCGGGAGAGCUUUUAAAGUUGCGAGCUUCUCCCGUGACGUCAUUGCGACUUCAUUAUCGAUCGCUCCAACCGCGUGUUACAGCAGAAAGCAUCCGAAACGACUGGAAAAACUCCGAGAUCGCUCUCGCGAACGGCCCAACGCAUCGGUGCGACUCGCGACCCCCGCAAAUCGGGACGAUGCUCCGCUGAAAAUCGUCCGGAAUUUUCGUCGGAAAAAUGCCCAUCGUCCGGUCGAAAGAUCGAGUUCGCUCUUAGGCGAGUUUCCAUCCCAAGGAGAGCAUCUUCGUUUCGUCGGGGUAGUGUGAUGUGGCGGCGAAAACGAGAACGUUCGGGGGGUAGGUAGCGGCGCGGGAGCCCCCCGGCCCCAGCAUGAUGCGCUCUAGAGAAUGAAGAAGCAAAACGUUCGCACCUUAUCUCUAAUUGUUUGCACCUUCACGUACCUUCUCAUCGGCGCCGCCGUUUUCGAUGCUCUCGAAUCCAAAACGGAAAACCAAAGAAAAAUUGUCCUACAGGAAAUACAAAAUAUAGUCAGAAAGAAGUACAACAUUAGCGACGAGGAUUUCAGGAUAAUGGAAACCAUAGUGCUGAAAUCGGAACCCCACAGAGCUGGCCAGCAAUGGAAGUUCACGGGGGCCUUUUACUACGCCACAACGGUGCUAACUACCAUAGGUUACGGUCAUUCUACUCCCAGCACCAUCUCCGGUAAACUGUUCACCAUGUUCUACGCCAUCAUCGGCAUUCCCCUGGGGCUCGUCAUGUUCCAGAGCAUCGGAGAAAGGGUCAACAAGCUGAGCAGCGUGAUCAUUCGUUCCGUCAAGUCUUCCCUGCACUGCAGACAAACCACGGCAUCGGAGCUGGAUCUAAUCUGCGUCGUAACAUUUCUGAGUUCUCUGACGAUAGCCGGAGGUGCCGCGGCGUUUUCCAGAUACGAGGGAUGGAGCUACUUCGAUUCGGUGUAUUAUUGCUUCAUUACCUUGACCACAAUAGGAUUUGGAGAUAUGGUGGCGCUUCAGAAAGACAACGCUCUGAGCCAGAAGCCGGAAUACGUGAUGUUCGCUCUGAUAUUCAUACUGUUCGGUUUAGCGAUAGUGGCAGCCUCGCUCAAUUUGCUGGUCCUUCGAUUCGUAACCAUGAACACGGAGGACGAGCGAAGGGACGAGGCGCAAGCCAUGCAAGCUUUAGCUGGUGCUGUACGAUUAGAAGGGGACGUUAUAACAGCCAACGGUUCCAUUCUAAGCGGUCAAUUAGGACACCAUUGUACAGAAACAACGUCUUUGGACGCCGACGAUACCUCUGUGUGUUCUUGCCCGUGCGGGUGCAUACCGACCAACAGCAGACACAGAUAUUCGAUGCGCCGGUCGCCGACCCAGAUUCGGCAUCUCCUGCCGAUUCUGCCGAUGCACGAGCUGCAUUUCUCCCAAGGGCCCGUCGUGCCGCCGCCGGCGAUAUGCCCCAAUCACAGGGCUUCGAUAUGAGGUUGCCCCCCCGCCCAGGCUAAUCAAUGUGAUACAAUAACGCUGAACUAUUAUCGAUUUAUUGAUAGCUAGUGACGAUUGAUAUACCAAUUAGUGGGUUUUUACAUUUGUUAUCCAAACGAAUCGAAAUGAAGUGGAAACCUUACGCGGCGAAGUGGUUUUUAUUGAAGCGAAUGUUCCUUGAGAAACUGAGGAAAAAAAGAAACCAAUGGUUUCCUAACUUCAUUGAUUGAAUUAAUCAGUGGUUUAUUUAUAUCAUCGAUAUGAUACGUUGAUUAAACGUUGUACGUUGAAUUUUAAAUAAGGGAAAUAUACCCCAUUAUACGACAGCAUUUAUAAGGAGGAUGUUAUAUAUUGUUUAGUCUAUUUUAAUGAAGCUAAUCAACUUAUAAAACUGACUAACUAAAUACGCAAAAUGUGCAAUGUAUACAGGGUUGUACGGUUUUAUAUUAACCGAAAUUAUCCCCUUAUAAAAACUGCUUGAAUAUUAAAAUCUUAUGAAUAUCUUUUUUAAUAUUAUACAUACAACAGAAUGUUCUUUUUCAAAUCUAUAAAUAACGAAAAUAGUUGAAAAAU